AUGAGCGUUCGUCAAGUUCCAAAGCAAAGACGCACUUUGAUCGAGUUUUCAGCGUUCAAGGAGGUCCCGUGUAUGCUGUUCUGCGUAGCGAUGUUCUUUGGUUAUAUUGGAUUCUUCAACCCCAUUUUCUACAUCGAAGCGUUUGCUAUCCAAAAGCAUGCAAUGGGAGAGACGCUUGCAUUCCACCUUAUCUCGAUCCUAAAUGCCACCUCAGUCCCAGGUCGGAUUGUUCCUGGCAUUCUUGGCUUGCGCUUUGGUCCAUUAAAUAUCCUUCUAGGCAGUGCAAUCAUUAGCGGCAUCCUUUCACUCUGCUGGAUAGCCAUCUACAACGCGGGGCCCCUAAUAGUGUUAGCUGUCUUGUACGGCUUCUCCGGCGCUUUCGUCUCACUCCUGGCGGUAGCAUUGACGACCUUGAACCUGAAUCUCCAGACACUUAGAACUCGAAUGGGAAUGUGCUCACUGUUGUGUGGUUUUGGAUCUCUCUGCCGUGCGCCUGUUGCCGGCGCUGUCCUUGACAAUACGCGAUCGUAUCUAGGGGUUCAACUAUACUCGGGGCUCACCAUCGGUACGACAGGUGUUCUCCUCUUUUUCGCCAAUCAUCUAAAAAGAAGAACAAAUUAG